AUGGAUCUGGGUUAUCGGAACAUUCUGGCACCGGAUGGGCCGCAUUACUCCAUCCCCCCGAGCGACUUUCGGUCCCCCACAGUACCCCGGCCACCGGUAAUCGAUUUCAUGCAGAGAGGCUCAGAAUCCACGAUGGAGAAGACCCCGCCUGUCACGGGCAAGCGUCGGGGUGGCAGCCGAAAAGCCUGUAAUGAAUGUAAGCAGCAAAAGGUGAGCCUCAUUCGACCAUUAUUAAACUAUUUUCUCCCCAAGCCUCUGGGCCUGAGAUGUGAUAUUGUACAAACGCCGGCUGAGGCUUGCUCGCGGUGUCGGAGGCUUGGUAUUGACUGUAAAGUUGAGCAGUCGUUCAAGCGCAUCUCUAAGAGAAGGCGCAAUGCUGAAAUGGAAAAAGAGAUCGCGGAUCUCCGCCGUCGCUUGGGACCCGGUUCGGAUCAUGAGCAAGGGCAAGAGGCUCAUGACGCUCAUGGUGAUGAACUAUCCCAGGCGUCAGAGGAUGUCUUCGCUCGGCGUGACUCGGCCGCAAUUGACCGAUCACGACCAGUCUCGGUGCCGGUGGAGACACACCCAUCAAUAGCGACUCCUUUGACCCUCAAAAGGGAUGGUUCCAUUGUAUCACAGGACGAGGGCCACUGGAGAUUGGAAGACAUCUCCCUCUCUCGAGCCCGUGUUCUUCGACUAUAUGAACAAUACUUCACAUACUAUCACCCAUUCCUCCCUCUUCUAAAUCCACCUAAGCCUCCAGAGGUUUAUCUCCAUCGAUGCCCUCUUUUGGCGUGGACGAUCAUCUGUGUUGCAAGUCGACGGUCUCAAUACGAGCCUGGCCUCUUGGUGGCACUAUCCGGACCGUUCAGCAGACUACUCUGGUCAACCAUUACCAGUGUCCCGCAGGAUUAUCGCGUGGUCAAGGCCCUUUGUGUUUUAUGUACAUGGCCUCUCCCGACUACAAGUCAGCGCACCGAUGCGACUUUCAUGUUGAGCGGCUUGAUGAUGCAGAUUGCCAUGCAACUUGGGCUACACCGUCCGGUACAGGCGGAGGAGUUUACGACCUUCCGAAUGGAAGUGCAAGGCGAAGCUGUCAAGGACCGACUGCAUACGUGGGUAAUUUGCAACAUCGUGGCUCAAAAUGUUGCAACUGGUUAUGGCCAGCCACCGAGCACAAUAUACGAUUGGGCUCUCGAGCCCGCCUCUAUGAGAGAUGCCGACUACCGACUGCCCGAUGACCUGGCCAUUCGGUUGCGUAUUGAGAAAUUCUGUGACCGAGUGACCAAGGCAUUGUACAGUAGUAAGCCGGAGCCUGCGGAAUUUAUCAGCGCCGACAAGCUCUUGGUUGUGCAGAUCUUGGAAAAUGAGCUGAGAGAGAUGGAUGUUGAGUUCGACGGUAGAAUGUCUGCAAUCAACACGAUCCAUCUCCGUGCCGCAGAACUGCACUUCCGAUACUUCAUGUUUUUAGGACCUAAUGCACGAAACGACGACCUAAUCAAACUCUACACUGCAACAACCUCCUUCCUUACCCGCGUGCUAGACCUCGAGACUUCACCAGGUGAAUUGAUCGGCCACUCGACCAACUACAUCCUCCAGAUGAUUGUGUCCGCUGCUUUCGCUCUCAUGAAGCUGUUGAAGAGCAGCUUCAGCCGAAAUCUUGAUUUUAACCAUGGAAAAAUCCUAUUCAACGGCGCGAUCUCGGCAAUCCGCCGAAUUAGCGUCAUGGACCAUGACCGACCUAUCCGUCUGGCAGACAUUCUCGCUCAGAUGUGGAAUGCCACGAGCUUGGAACCUGCCGAAGAGGAUGCUUUACAGCUUAAAGUCCGUUGUCGGAUGAGCAUGAGCCAUGUCUAUGAUACGGUAUGGCGUUGGCGACAGCGGUUCCGACCAGUUAAAAGCGUCGAGGAAAUGCAAGCUGCUGCCAAUGCAGCGAACCAAGAUAUACUAGGUCCGACAGGGCCCCUGACCCGGCAACAGCAAGAUAACUCCUUAGAGGAUCCAUCUAUGCUAAUGCCUGCUCAAUUUGAUGAAAGCGGAGCAUUCUUCAGCGAAUCUGGCUUCUCCGAAGUCUUUGACUCGCUCAAUUGGGUCUUUGACGGUAUUCCCGACUCCUUUGUCGCACCGCCCGUUCUCUAG